GGAAGAAGGAAAUGCAACCAGUGUGUUACACCAACGGCGGGACAACCAGUCGACUGUGUUCGCCAAAGUCAAGGGUCCAGUGUGUUCAUGUCUGGCCUCCCUUUUCCCACUUCCCACUCGGGGACUAAGGAUGUCGUCACGUUUCCAGUUGGGAGUCGUACCCGGGCCCACAGGUGCCCAGUGGAAACUCUGCAGUCAUUAACUGACACUGAUGACCAUGGCAGGGGUUCAAGGAUGCUAACGGAGCUGGAGCCAAUCACAGCAGAGAGCAGGAGGAGCCGUUGCCGCCUUCGAGCUGAGCUCUGAAAGCUGCCCGUGUGGCGGCCGUCGGGAGCCCCCUUUGUUCGGCUGUGUUCACCCCCUAGCUGGGAGGCGGAGACGGGACCCCCGCUGACGUCAGAGGGCCUGUCUGUUUCCUGCAAUAGAAAGUGAGCGACAAGGUGAAGCUGCUGUUCCCCGGGUUUACUGCCUGCUUCAAGUAUAAGAUGUUCCCAGACUGUGGCUCAGCUGUCGAGUCGUCUCGAGGUCCAGCGUUAGACGCCGCUUUCUCCACGAUGCACCUGUGAACUGAGGCGGAAAGAUGCCGCGCACCAAACAGAACAACCCCAAAAAUUUAAAAGAUAAAAUUGAAGAGGCACAGAAAGAGCUUAAGGACCCCAAAGCCUCACAAAAAGGUGUACCUGAAAGUAACCGCCGAAAUGCGGAUAGUAUAAAAGGCCUGAAGAGGAAAAAGAUCGUUGCAGAGAACCAGCUCAAGAAAAUUCCCAAAUCUCCAGUGAAGAAGCCCCUGCAGUCGAAGGCCUCUGAAGCUGUGCUUCACGGAGCGUCGUCCAAGGAAACCCCGCCCUCUCCCAGCAGUCCGUCCCACAGUCCCUCGACCCGAGACCCACGCGAUGACCCACCUGUUGCUCCGCCCCCUGAGGAGGGAUCACCUGCAGCUGACGCUGAACGGUUGAAGAGGGAAGAAACGUCGUCCAGGCCACCGUCGCUGCAGCCCGCCCAUGUUGAGGAGAGCUCGUUGAUUACCGCCGCGGCGUCUCAGCCCAAAGACAUCCAGAGCCCAGAACCCUGCCCCGAGAGAGCGUCAUACCACAGCAGUGCUCCGCUUGAUGUUCUGCUCAAAGCCAUGGAGCCGGACUUGAGUUCACUUGCAGAGAGGAAAAAUGCCUUGCAGGUGGCAGCCAUUGGACAACCAGUCCCCGCUCUUCACGCUCAGUCCAGCGCUGAAUUACCGGCGAUGCCAGCUGUCAACGUCGGUCUGCAGCCCCACACUUCCCACUUGCAGACGUAUUACAUAGACAAACAGGGAAACGUUAUCGGCAUUGCGGCGCCGCUACAGGGAAGUGUGCAGGCGGCUACACAGGGUACGCCACAGUUCAUGCCUGUGGUUUCAAAUGCAGAAAAGCCCGCCUUGCACAUGAGCUUUAACACCGGACCAGCCGCUCUAACUCACGCUCCCGUUCCCUCUGGGUCCAGUACUUUGCCACAGAGCCAGCCGCCCAUCGUGCAAACGUGCCAGUCUCUUUCAGCCAGCGUUCCCAGCACCAUUCAGGUCCCAGUUACACCUGGCAGCAACCAAGUUCAGGUGGCCACCGUCAUGAACUUUGCUGCCGAACAGCUCUCCAAGGAACAAAAGCCUAAAAAGCCAGGAAAAUAUGUCUGUGAAUACUGCAGCCGGGCCUGUGCAAAACCCAGCGUGUUGCUCAAACACAUCAGGUCCCACACAGGGGAAAGACCGUACCCUUGUGUGACGUGUGGCUUUUCGUUUAAGACCAAGAGCAACCUAUACAAGCACAAGAAGUCUCAUGCUCACGCCAUAAAACUGGGUCUAAUUGCACGCUUUGAAUCUGGAGGUGCAUCGCUCUCCCAGGAAUCUGACAAAGCCCUCGGUGCUCAUUCAGAGGUCGAAGAGAGCGGGGACAGUGAUGAGGAGGGCAGUACCGCGGACUUAGACCCCGACUCGUCCCAGAGCAGUCUGGCAGCACUGUCUGAAAUCAGUUUACAGAAUACAGGUACAAACCAGGCCAGUCACGGAGAAGGCGAGCCACCAGCCAUGUUUGACGCUGUCAAAACGGUCCCUGCCCAGAGGGCCUAUGAGCCAAAAGUGACAGCCGCCCUUCCAAAAGUUGUUGUAUAUCCAGUAAACGUCUCCCCUCAAAGAGCAGAUAGCCCACGAGUCACAGGUGCAGCGCCAGAACAGACCGCAGCUGCACAGCGGCAGCGAGACUUCCAGACGGCCAGUUUGAGGUCCAGCAUUACAGUCCUGUCAUCCCUGAAGGAAGUGGACGGUACUAAUCCCUCACUAGAUACUGUGAGUGAGGACGAAGACCAACAGUGCAAGUCCCCGCUGUUGGUUGGACAUGCUCAACUUCAGAGGCAACAAGCCACAGACUUCUCACAGCAGCAACAGCCCAAGUGUCUGCUCAGUCCACGCAGUCUGGGAAGCACGGAUUCCGGCUACUUCUCGCGAUCUGAAAGUGCUGACCAGGCAAUGAGUCCACCCAGCCCGUUUGUCAAGAUCACUCCUCCGGUGGACGUUGACAUCGUGAAGAACCCACAUCCUGUUCACCCCCCUGUGGUUGCCACAGUGAUGCAUGUAGCACCUGAUUCAAAGCCACGAGCUUCAGUUGGACAGAUGCGCCCCCCUCUGGAGGCCAAAGCUCUCUCCCUGGAGGAACGGAUCUCAAAGUUAAUAUCUGAUAAUGAAGCAGUAGUUGACAACAAGCAGCUGGACAGUGUCAAACCAAGAAGGACUUCACUUUCAAGGAGAGGGAGCAUUGAUUCUCCCAAGUCGUACAUAUUUAAAGACUCCUUCCAGUUUGAUCUAAAACCAAUGGGCAGAAGGUCAAGUUCCAGCUCUGACAUCCCUAAGUCCCCGUUUACCCCAACAGAUAAAUCUAAGCCAGUAUUUCUUCUCUCAGUACCUUCUCAGUACCCGCCAAUGGAUUGUUUGCCAAUUACGAGGAGUAACUCUGUGCCGACCACACCUGGACACUCUGCACUUCCUGUCAACGUUGCCCCUCUGCCCCACCCUUUGCGAAUUUGCCAGUCAUUUGAUGAGAAGUUUAGUUCAUUCAAUGACGAUGUAUUUUCGCCAACCCCAGCAACUCCAAAUUCAGCGAUGCAUUCUCGUAUGUUAGUCAGACAGGUGGCAGUGGAGGACUUCUCUACAGCAGAGGGACACGGCCUCCCUACCGUUCGCUCGAUGGAUGAAGGCUACCACGGUCCGAGUAGUUCCGCCGAGGUCAUGCAAAGAAGCAGAUCUUUUGAGCACGGUCAGGACAGACACAGGAAGCCUCUGCAGAACAAGGGCACGAUGUACGAAUGUGAAACGUGUCGCAACCGGUACAGAAAAUUAGAGAAUUUUGAGACUCACAAAAAAUUCUACUGCUCUGAGCUCCAUGGCCCAAAGAACAAACCAAACGUCGUAAAAGACGCCGAUCAAGAUGUUUUUCACGUUGGCACGGCUCCGAGAUCGUCCAGUGGCUCAGGAAUCAUCGAUCAACAGACAUCGAUCAGAAAAAGAAGAAUAAUGAAAAGUGUUGGAGACGAGGAUGAUCAGUCGCCAACUGACACAAACCCACCUUGUCCUGUUUCUUUUGAUGUCCCAACAGCGGGACAACCCUACUCUCAGCAUGCCGUAAUAGUGGAUAUACAGCCAAAAACCAGUCAGUCGAAGCCACCUCCGGUUCAGCUCAUUGCAAGAGGUAUAAAUACGGCAGAGUCCAGACUGUCGCCGAUUCGAGAGACCCAGAUUAGCUCUUCUACUAAAGUUGAAAUGCAGAGACAAGGCAGUGGUACGUCGGUCAUUAGACACACCAACUCUCUUAGUAGACCCAAUUCAUUUGAGACAGAAUCAAUGGAUAGGGCGUCUCCCGUUGACCUUUUGGAGAGAGAUAAAAUGACUAAACCUAGGCCGAAUGUUUUGGCUGACAAGACUCAUGAAGAACUAUCUAAACCUAAAAGUACUGACCACAGAAAGCAAAUGAAGGAAAAAUCUACCGAUUGCACUGGACAGACAGCUGAAAGCUCCACCCCUGUCCAUCAGUCACGUUUGGUUCGUCAAAGCAACAUCCAGGUUCCUGAGAUUUUGGUCACAGAGGAGCCUGAUAGGGAGCACGAAACCCAAGCGUCCGAGUCAACGGAUAAACCUGCAGAUCAGUUCAACUGGCCUCAGAGAAGUGAGAGCCUGUCCAAACUCCCAGCAGAGAAACUGCCACCCAAAAAGAAAAGAAUUCGUCUUGCUCAAAUGGACCAGUCCUCGGGUGACUCCAGUUUUGAAUCCAGCCUCUCUCGAAGCUUAAGCAGAGAUAGUAGCCUUUCACGAUGUUCCAGCAUCUCGGCCUCUUUUGACAGAGACGAACCGUCAAGAUCAGAGAGUCCGUCCAGGGUGGAAUGUGUUGGCAAGAUGCCAGAGCCUCAAGGUAUGCCCAUUGUGUUCAACACUCUCGGUGUCCCUGGAAUGAUGAGACGCGCUGCCUCGGAGCAGAUCACCUGUACGCAACCAUCGGUGGAAAUUUCUUGUGAUUACCGUAGCAAAUCUUUUGACUGUGGCAACGUGUCUCCGAGCCGAUCUCUAUCACCAGCUGGCCAGCAUAAAAUUAGCAGUGUUCCCCAGGUGCCACUUAUCGAAAGGAGGCGGGGUCCACUGGUGCCGCAGAUGUCCUUAAAAAUUGGCCCAGAAAGUCAGCAACCUGUUCGGAAAUCCUUUAUACCUUUGGAUAAAACCCCCAUGACAAACGUUAGCUCUUUUACGCAAAACAGAAUGCAGCAGAUUCACAUUGCCAACAGACGUCCUUUGGUUCAGCCUUUUGUUCUGCAGAAGGGCGAGCCGCCGCUGCAGAAGAAUGAACAAAUGGUCCAGUGCAUCAAUUUGGGCAGCCCAACUCAGCAGCCUCAAGUUCACGGCCUUCCACACCCUUGGCACCAGGCAUCGAGGGUCCAGAUGUGUCAGAAGAUGCAACAACCGCUGAACCAAGUGUUGGUUUGUCAUGAGAACGUCCAAAGCAAAGCAGCGUGUUCUGAAGAAAAGACUUUUGUGCCCAAAUACCAAAUGCAGUGUCCUGCUAUGAGAGCCAGCCAAACGUUUUCAUUUUCCAACACACAGGGCGCUCAGAUCGCCCUGCCGGUCUUAACAAUACCCAUAGCCAACCCGAUGUUGAGCAUCUCAAAGUCUCCAGACGCCGUCCAGAAUGUCUACGUGGCUCAACCCAACCAACCAGGGGCCGAGAUGAAGAAACAAACUGUGGUGUUGUCCAGAGAACAGCAGAGACCGUCUUUUGAUCAGACCCCAGCAGCUCAUAUGCCGUUGCCACAGAUCCUGAUUACCCAUGAGCAGAUGCACCCAGCUCCCUCCGCCCCCAACAAAAACAGUCUCUCGUCCUCCAACAGCACGGAUGAUAGUCGCUCUCUGCCUUCUUCCAAGAAAGAUCGAACCCAAACUCAAGCGACUAACACUCACUUUGAGGACAGAGCGCUGCCUCACGGGUCUUUACAGUGCACGCAAAAACUGGCGUCGGUGACUCUGUGCCCACAGCACGAACCCACCGCUUCGAGUAAACGAAUGCUUUCUCCCGCCAACAGUCUGGACAUCUACAUGGAAAAACAUCAAAAGCGAGCGAAGGAUGAGCACGGCGUGGCCUGCCUGACUGACGGCAGGUCGGCCAACUAUCUGAAUUCCAAGAUGUCCGAAGUGACACGGCAGCGGAAGUUGAUGCUGGUGCGGCAGGUUUGCACCACGGAACCGGCGGACAGUCCGAUCGAAACCGAGGCUCCACCUCUGCCCGAGGUUAAUGCCGACGCAGUGAAGGAUUCUGAGGCCACGGACGAUGUGAAGCCCAUGUCCCCAGACAGCACCGGUCUGGAGAAAGACACGAGCACCGUCAUCCAUGAAGCCAACCAGGCUGUGAAUCCCACACCCAGAGUUCAGGGUGUUCCCGGCAUCACAGCUGGCGACUCACUGAGGCCCCAGGAGAAGGCUGAGGAACAGAGGUGGACGCCAGCCAAAUCCCCCAUUAAACCUUCCAGUUUCCAUGGCAGCCAGGUGAAACUGACCACGUCUGUGUCUGUGGUCAACACCAAAGACAGCCACCGUCUCUCCUUCCCGAGCCUGAAGACCACUACGACGUUCACGUGGUGUUUCCUGAUGAAGAGGAAACCUCUUCACCUCCCACAGGCGGACCUUAAGACGUCUGCGUAUGCCACGUGGACAAUAAGCCCCAACAACCCCAACCCUCUUGGGCUGCCCACCAAGGUGGUCAUGUCUCUGUUUGACUCCAAGCAGAGCUCCAAGAAAAUUCACUACACCUCAGCCAUAAGGACGAACGGGAAGAGUGACUUCCUGACGUAUUCGGGGAAGCUGAAAGAUGUCAUGCAGAGGCUACAGGUGACUCAGAGGUCAGUAUCAGCUGAGGGCAGAGCCAAGGUGCAGCCAGAAAGUCAAGCCAGCACCGACGUGGACAAGGACCUCGCGUCUAAAACGGAACCAAGACGUGUCAAAAUCUUCGACGGCGGGUACAAGUCCAACGAAGAGUACGUGUAUGUACGUGGGCGUGGGCGUGGCAAAUACAUCUGUGAGGAAUGUGGAAUCCGCUGUAAGAAGCCAAGCAUGCUGCGCAAACACAUCCGCACCCACUCUGACGUCCGGCCGUACCACUGUGUCCAGUGUAACUUCUCCUUCAAGACAAAAGGAAACCUGACCAAGCACAUGAAGUCCAAGGCCCACAGCAAGAAGUGCAUGGAGAUGGGUCUGCCUGAGGGUCUGACCGAGGACCAGGACGCAGAGGAUUCUGGAGACCGCAGUCAGGUGAGCAGCGCCGACCGUCAGGACUCUGACGGAGACGACUCCGACGGCCCCGAUGACGAGGAGAAUGACGACAACGAGGAGGAAGAGGAGGACAGCCAGGCCGAGUCGGGCCUGUCCACCAACCCGUCCGUCUCCGCCAGCCCUCAGCACGUCCCCUCCAAAGAGUCCGACGUCCCCCCCAGUGCCCUGCUGGCGCAGAUGUCCAUCAGCUCCGUGUCCCUCCCUCCCUCCCGGCCCGCAGCUCCAGAGUCCGGCGCCUCGGAGUCGGACUCUGUCCCCAUGCUCAGCCCGUUGUCCCUCGGCAGACAGAUCCCCAUCUCUGUCCCCUGCUACCGCCCCCUCCCACCCACCGUCACCACCGCCAUGUCCGAGUCCUGCACCUCAGACACAGAGUCGGUCCACAUGAUGAGUCCGGUGUCCCCCUGCAGGCAGAUGUCCAUCGACUACCCCGACUUUGACGUCCCCCCCAGUCCCCCAGUGACAGUGAAGAGCACCAGACCAGGACAGGACUCCUCUGGUUCCCCUCCUGCUGACUCAGGCGUACCCGUGGACCGCAGCACUCAGACCUCCUCGUUUGCCCCCCAAGGACUUGGACACUUUCCUCCGCAGGUCCUCUCCCAACCACCAGGGGCAGAAACACAGACCCAUCUCUUUAGUCACCUCCCCCUGCACUCCCAGCAGCCCUCCCGCUCCUCCUACAGCAUGGUACCAGUAGGAGGGAUCCAGCUGGUCCCUGCUGGUCUGGCAGCUUACUCCACCUUCGUGCCGCUCCAGGCCGGACCCGUCCAGCUCACCUUCCCGGCGGUGGGUGUCAUCCACCGAAACACCAGCCCCCUACCGCCCCCGACUGCUUCGCCUCAACCGGAGAGCCUGCGCCCUCAGCCUCUGGUGGUCCAGGAGCCCAUCAGCAGCGUUGUCCCUUGCUUCAACCUGGGCCAGGUGACCGGGCUGCAGGCUCAGACCAUACAGCCCAUGGGUCUGGAGACACUGAACCUCAUGGGCCUGACCAGCACGGGGCUGACGCCCACACAGCUGCUGCCUCAGCAAGGCCUCACCCUUAACGCCACCCUGGGGUUGCAGGUUCUGGCCACUAACCCCACCUCCCAGAGCAGCGGCCCACAGACUCAGGUACCAGGAUUGCAGAUUGUCAAACCCGCCGUCAUCCCCUCCCUCAGCCCCCUGUCCACCCUCAGUCCUCUUCCUGGUUCCUCUGAGCGGCAGGGGAGUCCUGACGCCGCGGCAGCUCCGUCGCUCCAAACCGGCGAGCUGGGUUCUUCGUCUUCGUCUGCCUCUCCAGCAGCUCCUUCUCUGAAGGUCAGCGGAUCUCCUGAGCCGACGGCAGGCAACGUCUGCGCAGAGAUCGCGGAGAAAACACCACGUCUGACGCCAUCGCCGGCCGAGGUGAGCCUGGCCAAGGUCGAGAAGGGGUCACCAGUAGAGGGAGCCAGUGAUCCUGCACCCCCGAGGCCGCCACCAAUGACAAGCUGGCAAAAAGUGAUUGAUGACAACGACGACGUGUCCAGUGACGAUGAGGACAGACUGGUCAUUGCCACCUGAAGGACUCUGGUUUGUCCCCUCCUCUUCCUCCUCCUCCUCCUCCUCCUCCUCCUCUUCUUCCACCACUCUUACUCCUCGUCUUUCUGCCCCUCCUUCCUAUUUUUGGAAUUCUCGUCACUUUGUAAGACUGAAAACACUUUUCAGGGCCUUGGUUUCUGACAAACAGCCCUUCUCAAAGCACAGAUGCUGACAUUCAUAUAAUUGUACGUGCAAUCACAUGAUAAUUAUAAUAAUGACCAAUCCUUUUUGUUUGUUUUUUUUUGAAAUGUUUAUUCGUCAGCUCCAGAAACUUUUUUUUUCUCCAGAUGAUUUGUUUUUGUACAUGUUGUAUAGACAAUUGUGCCUUUAUGGAGUUUCUUGUUUAGGAACCUGUCUGUAAAUAAUCCCCUCAUAAAUUCAGUAGUUGCUCGUGUUUUAUUUUAAAAAAACUAACAACGACAAAACAAAAACAAAACAAACACACACACAAAAAAACGACAAACAGCAAAGAUGGUAAAAGAGAAGUUUAACGACGCGGGAUGAAAGUCGGUUUUAUUUUUUAUUUUUCUUUCGUCAUUGGUAAAAUUGCUGAUAAUUCUAAAUGUCGUACUGGUAAAUGUACAUUUCUAUGGAUGAUGGGGCAGUGUUUCUGUGUACAGAUGUUGUGUUCAACUAUUUAUUAUAAUCCAUCUGGUGCCCGUUCUGAUUCACACGUCCAUAGAGUAUGUGCAUUAUAGUAGCUUUACAUUUCUGUAUCAAUAUUCUUAACUGUAUCAGUAAAGAUUUGUUUACAAACGAAAA